AUUCUCGAGUCAACCAAGUCUGCUGUCGUCACAGAGCAUAAUCAUGCAAGGUCUCAGUUUGAAAUCGAUCAAGAAAAAUCCAGCCCUUAUCCCACUUUAUGUGUGUGUCGGUGCUGGUGCCUUGGCUUCUGCCUUGUACACUCUCCGUUUGGCCACCAGAAAUCCCGAUGUUACAUGGAAUCGUUCGGCCAAUCCUGAACCAUGGGAAGAAUACAAAGAAAAGCAAUACAAAUUCUAUUCGCCCAUCAGAGAUUACAGCAAAGUUAAGUCUCCAGCUCCCAACUAUGAUGAGGAAUAG